CAAGUUAUUUAAAUCUCAAAUAUUUCAUUCUUCUCGAACGUUGAAUCUUAAACAUUUCAUUCUGUUUCUAUUUUAUAUCGUUCGCGAAAAUUUGUAAAAUUUUUAGAGUUAUUAUGCUUCCAACGAAUAUGCUUAAAUAUCGACAAUGGCUGUUGGAUAAAUUAACUAGUCGAUAUCUAAAAUAUCAAUGUAUCAAUUGUUUUUCUAUAACAAAUCAACAGCGUUUGAUACAAUUACCGUUAGAUCAAUUGAAGGAGAGAAAUAUGCAAACAGUACGAUUGUUGUCUGGAUAUGAUAUGCCCACAGUGGGUUUGGGUACAUGGCAGGCUAAGCCUGAAGAAAUUGAGAGAGUUGUAACAACUGCUCUGGAUGUUGGCUACAGACACAUUGAUACUGCAUUUAAUUAUAAUAACGAAGAAGCAAUAGGGUCAGUAUUAAAAGAAUGGUUUAAAAAAGGUGGAAAGCGUGAAGAUCUUUUUAUUACCUCAAAGUUACCCAAUUUUGGUAAUCGACCAUCAGAUGUAGAAAGAUUCCUUAAUUUAUCAUUGAAAAGACUUGGUCUGGAUUAUUUGGAUAUGUACUUAAUUCAUAUGCCUUUUACCUUUAAAUUGAAUGAAGAUACUUGUACUCCAGCAACUAAUGAGGAUGGAAGUUUUGUGCUGGAUCUCAAUACAGAUCCUGUUUCAGUGUGGAAGGAAAUGGAAGAACAAGUAAGAAAAGGUCGCACAAAGUCAAUAGGUUUGAGUAACUUCAACGAAAAACAAGUCUUAAAUGUAUGGGAGAAUGCACAAAUUAAACCAAGUAACUUGCAAGUAGAAUUACACGUAUGCUUACAACAGAAUUCGCUACGACAAUUUUGUCAAACGCACAACAUCAUUAUAACAGCCUACAGCCCUUUGGGAUCGCCAGGAGCUAAAACGCAUUUUCAAACGAAAUAUAAUCAUAACAUUGAAGACUUUCCAGAUGUUCUGGGACAUCCAAUAGUACAAAAAAUAAGCACAGAACAUAAACGAUCACCAGCACAAAUUUUAUUGCGUUACUUACUGCAAUUGGGGGUAGUCGUAAUUCCAAAAAGUAAAUCUCCCGACAGAGUUAAGGCGAACAUUGACUUGUUUAAUUUUUCAUUGAACGAAGAAGAAAUGAGGACCUUAAGUACUUUAGACAAGGGUGCGCGUGGAAGAAUUUUUAAUUUUUUGUUUUUCAAGGGAGUCGAGAAUCAUCCAUAUUAUCCGUUUAAAGAUGAAUUGCAGUCCUAAUUAAAAAACAUAUUGUUAAUAUGUAGUUCGAAUACAUGCAUAUUUAUACAUUGAAAAUGUAUGAAAUACGUGCAAUCUAUACAGCAUUUUACGUUGCAUACGGUGUUGAAGUUCCCCACGUCGUAUCAUUGUGUGAAUAACUUUGUAAAUAGCACGUUCUGGAUAUGCUUGUUUUACGAAAUCUUUAACAAUAUUUUGCUCUGAU